AUGAAGCAGCUGAUCAGCCACAUGGGUGAUGCAGGUAAGGGAUCUCCGCAGCAUGCGCUGCGCAGCUUCGAUAGCGACAGCGACGGCAUCGCGGCACAUGACGAGUUCAUGGAUGGCCUCGGGAAGCUACCACAACCUGUGAAGGGCGAAGCCGCGGAGGGCGUCUUCCAAAGCUUGGAUCUGAACAAGGAUGGCAUGGUGACAGGCCAGGAGUUCGCCAAUGCAUUCAACCAGAAGCACUAUGUGCAAGCACGCGGGCCGCGACCAGAGGCCCAGUCUCACCCAAAGCCGGACAACGGGCGAAAGAGGGAGGUCCUGAAGGACUUGGGUCUUUCGCAGCCGCCGCUCACCAUUAAACAGUUCGCGCAGGGCAUGGGCUCAGUCACUCCCGAGACCGCCUUCAAAGCUCUGGAUGCGGAUCAGGAGAAGCAGGCGCGCUAUGCCCAGAAAGGAUUGGAUGUUAACGGUGAUCGGCGUGUUGUGCCUCAGGAGAUGUAUGACACGUUGAAAUUUGGAGAGUUUUUCCCGACGGAGGAUCAGGUUGAACUUUCGUGCCAGCAGUCCCUGAGCGAAAGGAGCUCCAAGAAGUUUGUUUGUGGGGCUGCGAAUCGGGGGGCGGGAGUGAGGGGGCAGCUCCCGCCCGAGCAGGUGGCACUCAUGCAGGCAUUUCAGAAUGCGAUGGUGCUCUGCUGCUCCGCUCGACCUCGCGCAGCAAGCGCGAGCAAUGGCAUCUUGUUCGCCUGCAACGGUCGAUCUGCAGCAGAUUCCAAAUUCGUGGAGCCUGGACUGUCCACUGGAUCUGCAGUGAUCGCCCGCCUGAAUAUGAGCGGGCCGACACAGUACAUUUAUGGAGCAGUGGCCUCUACAAAUCCAUUGACUGUUCUGGGCUGCGACGGCAAGUCGUACAACGCGACAGCCCUCGCAUGGGUUGCAGCUGCGAAAGACGAUGGAUGGCUGGCACCAUAUGGCAAGGAGUGGCAGCAGGCCGGUCGCCGCAUCUUUCUAAGGCUCCUGAAGGACGAUGAGUGGGUCUCAGCCAUCGUCGGCGCCCGGCAGCCCGAGGAUGCCGACAGCUAUCUGCCAUUGCAAGGCGUAGACGGUCUUGCCGGGGUCGAUGUGCCACAAGAUGUCGCCAUGCUCUUCACGCCGCAUGAGGAGUGCCAGGAAGAGUUCGCGGGACUUCAACCAGGUCGUGGUGGCUGUCUUGUCGACCACCUCUCGAAGGCAUUCGUGCUGUCCGAACACAAAUCCACCCAACGACUGCGAUGGGUUCAGAAAUGCCGGGAGGAGCCGCAGUACCCAAUGCGCUGUGUCUUCGUCCACCCCGGCAUUAAGAAUUUGGGCCUCAGUGAGUUCGUGAAGCGUUGCUACGAGAAGCGGAUAGAAUGCAAUGGCGACAUCCCCGCUCCAGAAAUAGUCAUGCUGCUGGGGCCACCGGCCGCGGGCAAAAGCUCCAUCCAGCGUUUGCCUCCUGAACAGGUGCCGCACGCAGUGAGAAAUACUGCCCGCUCCCUAAAAUACAGGGAGGAGGUCAACAAUGACAAUCUCUGCGACUGCAUGCCGGGCUUCCGCGAGCAGUUCAGCGUAGCAGUGGGCCUUCCCAAAGAACACCAGGCCGGAGGAGCCCUUUGGAAAAGGAUGAUGCGCCUGGCUCGAAAGGAUACGGCAUCCAUGGACUUGGAUUGGGCGGUCAAAGCCCUGAGAGGCAAGUCGACUGAGUACAAGAGCGCCAUCGCAUGGGCCAUGCAAUGGCUGACCUAUGCGAUGUUUCAUCACGGGCCUGUCAGAGAUUCCUUGGCAUGGGACGUCAUCAAGGUCACAAUUGUCGACGCGCCCGAGCUCGCCGUGUACUACUCUUCGGUGAUGGCAGGGGCCGCUAUCGACCGAACCAUGCAAAUCCUGGAAUUGGCACACUCAAGUGUCAGCCCCGUCGCUCACAUGCCACUCCGAGUGGUGGGUUUCUGGCCAUAUGCCAGCCAGGAAGCACGACAUGCCCGGCAGCAAAACCGUCAUCGCCAGGAACGUGAAAACAAAAGACUUCUUGGUGGCAAUGUGGAUGCCAACUUGGUGAAUCUGCAUUUCCAUGCCCAACAGGCAGAGUCGAACAUCUCCCGGAUGCUCAAGUCCCUGAAACUGGGGCAGCGACCCACAGAUGACGGGAGCAGUGAGGCUGCGACGGAAGUGAAGGUUGAUCACUUCAUCGUCAUCGACAAUGAUUCGCCGCAGCCGCGGAUCUUGCUCAACUUCACAGAUCAGAGCGUGGACCGAGCCCGGAAAUUUGCACAGGAGGAGAAGGUUGCUGCCAGGGAGCUCCUGACAGUGAUCGACCAGCUCCCUGAAUGGGAAGUCUUCUCUUGCUUGGUUUUCCGAGCGGCUUCCUAUUUUCUACCCUCGGACGACGACCUGGUGACAAAAUGCGCCAGCAAGUGCAAGGAUGGCAAGGAAUCACUGCGAGAGCCAGAAGCGGUGCUUGCAGUGCUGCAGGAGCUGGACGAAACAGUCUUCAAGGUUCUGACCAAAGAUUCGCCGGCGCUGGAGACUUCGGACAUGCGUCCUGCCUUCGCCAGACUUGAAAGCUCGUCAGAGCUCUCUGCAAUGAGCUCGGCCCAGCAGGCAACUCUCAAGGAGCACCUCACCGACCUGCGCAUGCUGUGUGUCAUCAGAGCCCUCCGAGAUGAAGAAGUCAACGAGGAUGCAAAGGAGGACGACGAUGCAGCUGAAGCUGCAGCUGCGAGCCCAUCAGCAGGGGCGGAAGCUUCCCUUUGA